AGUCGGCGCUGCCUCGAGCCCAGGGAGGAGCCGGCGGCGGAGGCGCGCAUGCCCGGGCCGCGUCGGCUGAGGUUGCUGGCAGUGCCCGGGGCGGGGCCCCUGCGGCUGCGAGAUUGACUGCCAAUGAUGCAAAACAUGGCCUCGUUGGGGACGAUUUCAUGCGUGAAAGACAGAUUCUUCUUUCCCAAAAGGAAAACACAAGUCAAAUAGAUGACCAAAGGAAUGAUGCCAAAGCAGGAUUCUCCAAGUUGUCAUAACAUGCAUUUUUGGCCUAGUUAAGAUAAGCAGAUUGUUGUGCUUUACAGAGAUAUGCCUUUUCUCAGUUCUUUCCUGAAUGCUCUCCAACUGGAUCCACUUGACUCUUGUAGUGGUGAUCUUCUCUUAAGACAUUGUCAUCUGCCAGGCCCUGUCAUCUGAUUGAGGCCCUGGUUUUUCCUUUUUUAAUUUAUUAGAGCCUCCGCAUUUCAUGGGCAUUGUAAGCAGAUUGACAAGCUGCCUUGAUGUGAAAGUGAUAGCAUCAAGAAAGACAUUAACUUGGAAACCCCAAAGGAAAAGGAUAUUGGGCUUGGUAGCAGAUCAGACUGUUGGGAAUCCUGGUGGACCAUCGAAGGCUUAGCUAUUUCAUCUUUGGAGAUAGCAUCGAGAAAUAGAUCGCUCACCUUCUGCACAUACACGUUGAUUGAAACAUGGCCUGGGUGAAGUUCUUACGGAAACCUGGGGGCAACCUGGGCAAAGUUUAUCAACCGGGAAGUAUGUUAUCGCUAGCCCCCACCAAGGGCUUAUUAAAUGAACCAGGACAAAACAGUUGCUUUCUAAACAGCGCUGUACAGGUUUUAUGGCAGUUGGACAUAUUCCGCCGGAGUUUACGCAUUCUGUCUGGACAUGUUUGUCAGGGAGAUGCCUGCAUAUUUUGUGCUUUGAAGACGAUAUUUGCACAGUUUCAGCACAGUCGAGAGAAAGCGCUUCCCUCCGAUAACAUCAGGCAUGCCCUGGCAGAGAGCUUCAGAGACGAGCAGCGGUUUCAGCUUGGCUUUAUGGAUGACGCUGCUGAGUGCUUUGAAAAUAUCCUUGAGAAGAUUCACUUUCAUAUUGUGCCAAGUAGGGAUUCAGACAUGUGCACCUCGAAGUCCUGCAUUCCUCAUCGGAAGUUUGCCAUGACUCUCUAUGAACAGUGUGUGUGCCGGACCUGUGGAGCAUCCUCAGAUCCUCUGCCCUUCACAGAGUUUGUCCGGUAUAUUUCUACAACAGCCCUUUGUAAUGAAGUAGAAAAAAUGAUUGAACGCCAUGAACGCCUGAAGCCUGAAAUGUUUGCCGAAUUGCUGCAGGCCGCAAACACCACUGAUGACUUUAGGAAAUGUCCUAGUAACUGUGGCCAAAAAAUAAAAAUCCGCCGUGUUCUAAUGAAUUGCCCUGAGAUUGUCACGAUCGGCUUAGUUUGGGAUUCUGAGCAUUCUGACCUGACUGAGGAAGUUGUUCGCAAUCUAGCAACACACCUUUAUCUUCCUGGGUUAUUUUAUAGGGUAACUGAUGAAAAUGCCAAGACUAGCGAGCUCCACCUUGUUGGCAUGAUCUGCUAUACCAGUCGACAUUACUGUGCCUUCGCUUUUCAUACCAAGACUUCCAAAUGGGUGUUUUUUGAUGAUGCCAAUGUGAAAGAGGUCGGGACUAAAUGGAAGGACGUGGUCUCCAAGUGCACGAGAUGCCAUUUUCAGCCACUGCUUCUGUUCUAUGCAAACCCGGACGGUUCAGCCGUGUCCACUGAAGAUGCUCUCAGGCACGUCGUCCACUGGUCCUAUUAUAAAACUGCUGCCGAUGAAGACGCGGGUUUUGAAAGGUCCUCUACUCAUAAACCAGAGAGUGCCAAAGAAGAUGGAUACGGUCAUCAGGCAAAGCAGAGAAUCAAUCAGAAACUACACAUUGAUGACACCGUGGGUUUGACUCGAGGCCCUGCCCUGGCGAGUGGUGGGAAAGGACCAGUUAAACUUGGUCCUAAUGACCAGAGGGAAAGGCUCAAAGACAUUUCCAGAGAAUGUGCCCAAAGAGUCGCUGAGCAGAAAAGCUUCCUCUCCUCCCAAAGAAGAGAGUUAGAGAGGGAACAGAGGAAAGAACCUGGGAGACACCGAGAUUUGCCCAGUGAGGAACUAUCUCGUUCCAAACCCGGGGCAACCCUCGCCACCUCAACAAAUGGAUUUCGGCAGCACAGCAGCCAGCCUGGAUGUUCUAGCCAAGGGAGAGGGUCUUCCCGUCAAGAGCGGGCCAUGCCCCAAGGCCGGAUCUCCGCACAAGUGCCGAGUUCAGUCAAACCCCAGCUGCUUGCCUCAGGGGAGAAGGUCGCCAGUAAAGGAAAGGGCGACAUUGCCACUGGAUAUGACACAGACAGCAGCCAAGACUCCCGGGACAGGGGCAGCACCUGCAGCAGCGGCAGCAGCCGCAGCCGGGCCCGAGGCUGGAAACCAAUGAGAGAGACGUUGAAUGUGGACAGCGUUUUCAGUGAUGCUGAGAAGAGGCACGCUGCUCCACGACACAAAGCAAACAGUAAAUCCAGACACGGCCAAGAUCAGAGAAGUAACAAUGGGCCCAAAGAGUCGUCCAAGCAGAAAGGCUUGAUGACCAUAUAUGAAGAUGAAGGAAAGCAGGAGACUGGAAGCAGGAGUUCCCUGGAUUCUAUGGGGAAAGGAGCUGAGAAAGGGAGAGGCCUCGUGGAGACCAAGGUUGCCAGUGAGGGUGGGCAGAUGCAGAGGACCGAGUCGGGCUAUGAAAGCAGUGAUCGGGUCAGCAGUGGCUCUGCUAGCUUGGACUCUCCACUCCUGGAAGGCAGCAGCACCGUGAACCCCAGUGGCACGAGAGAAAUGUGGCCUGGCAGUAACCAGAUUCAGUCAAAUAAACUGAAUGUAGACACUGGGCAGCAUAGCUCCCGACUGUGCAAAGACCAUCUGGAAGAUUUGAGAGAAAACAUCAAGAUUUCAGAAGUGGCCUGUGGACCCCCAGAUUUCCACCCAGAUUUGCAUCUACAAGUAGAUAAUCCUUUAAUGAAGAGAUCUCAUGUGCAUGAUGCCAGCGAGAAAUUUUUGUCCUCUUCGAAUCCCCAGAUCUUCAAGGACCAUGAUACAAGAGAACACAUGCCCCAACCAAAUGAAAAACAGCUUGAAAAUACAAAUGAAUGCCAUUUUUCUCAAAGGCUUAGUUCAGAGAGGCCUGAAAAAAACAGUCUAUCUUUGGUCAGCACUAGGGGAUCUGUCCCCUUUCACAUCCCUGAUCAUUCUCCGUCGGCAAAGUUAGUUGACAGCGAUGAGAGACUCCCCUCGUCCCAGUUGUCGACACACAUUAAAGUGGGGGAGUCCUUUGCCCAGCAAAGUCUGGGGGAGCUGUGCAGCUCUGUUAAACAAGCUGCCAUCAGCCCCUCCAAUAACAGUGGGAUGCUUGAAGCUACCACCUGCCAGAGUCUGCCACCUCCUCUGCCUCCAAAGAAGUAUGCUAAAGCCAUGGUGGUGUCAUGGUCAGAGAAGAAGGAGUUCAUCCCUGAGCUGGACCUCCCAGGGAGGGGGAAAGCUAAGCCUCCGAGCCUCCAGAAGCAUGCCAUCAGUGCCCCUUCCCAGGCCGAGGCAGAAACAAGACUGAAGGAGCCAGGCCAAGGGAAAGAACUUACCGAGUACAAACCCAGGACCCGAACCAGCCCUUCCACUGACUUCCAGACCCCUCUGGAUGUGGUCAGUAAAGGUGUUCCCCAAACAGAACCAUGGCCCAGUAUGCCACAGCCUCAUGGGAUAGUCUCCCUGACCACCUACUUUUCUGUGGACAGCUGUAUGACUGAUACGUACAGGUUGAAAUACCGCCAGAGACCCAAGCUGUAUCUUCCAGAGAGCAGUGACGUACAUGGAAACAAGCCUCUAUCCCAAACUGAACCGAGGCUGAAAGCCGUGUUCCAUGAUGAUCUGGAGCCAGCCAGUGUAUAGGCCCAGCCUUCCAUGUGAGCAACACUUCCAGAGAAACUCUUCAGAGGUCAGCAGGCAGGCACCUCUCAGUCCACUCAGACAGGAACAGAGCACAGUCAGUUGGUGAGAUUUGGGGGGAAGGAGUUAGGAGUACAAGCCUAUAAACCUUGGCAUUCAAUGUCUGUUGACCCUGGUCCCUUGGUGCCUCCUCCUUGUGGAUGGUGGUUGUAUUCACAGCCUUCUAACCCUUCCUAAGUGGGAUUCCUUGGGAUGCACUGUGCAUGGGGCCUCAGACACUGCUGCAGGAGCCAGCCAGCCAGCCGCCUUCAGGGUAGUUAGCGCAAUGUGUAUGCAACUCACCAGCAGUUACAUAUACCUGAUCAAUGCUGCCGUGUGUCUGCAGCAUGGCAGAGCUAGUCAGAGCAGUAUUUGCUUAUGAGGAAGCACUUUUCAUGGGUAAACAGCCAGAGGUUUCACCCAUAGUCUUGUUUGGUUUUUGACUUCUGUGAUAGUCUACUACCUAUGAUACCUUCAAGUGUCUUAAAAUUGGUUAACAUAUAAAUUUGAUCCUUUUAUAGCAUUUGGGAGGGGGAAAAAGCCUUAAUUGUGAGUGACUUUGACACUGAUUUUUCAAAAUCAGGAACAGAAGGGAAGUGAUCUCUCCCUCCUGGAGCUCCAUUUUUGUUUCACUGAAAAUCCGUUAUUGAGAAUGCCUCUUCAGCAGCAGUGUAGAUACAGGGAGCCAGUGAGUUUGGUGCGUCACGAAUGUUACUGCAGUCAUGGAAGCUAAAAGUAUGCAAAUAGUAACCUUUAGCAGACUUAUAUCUUGCAAGAGUUGUCUCUGAUUUCAUGUGAAGCCUAAGUGGUGUUUUUGUUUUGUGUUUUGGGAGACCCUUAUUGCAAGUCACCAAUGAAUACUUUCCACAGCUGCUUGAAUAUUUCCCCAGAGAUUGUGAACUAAGCUUUCUAUUACUGGCCACCCAGCCAACUGAUUUUUGUCUGUCCUUAAGUUUGGAAAAUUUAGACUCUUCACAUGGUCAGUUGGAAUUCAAUGUUAAUAAAGUGUUAAGUCUUCUCUUUCCAGCUAGCCUUUGCAUAAAAACCAUAGCAGUUCUCCAUUAGACAUAAAAUGGCUCGGAGUAAAAAAAAAAAAAAAGUCAGUCCAGCUGUUUUGCACUAAGUCAGUGGCCUUCUUGGGAGGGGAAAGGGAGCUAUGUUCGCACCAACUAAUGAAACAGAACCCUGAAGAUAGUGAAAUCAUGUUUGGGUCUUAAAGCUUGGAAUUUGUAUAUUACCUGAGAACUAAGGAGCCUCAAGCUGUGGUCCGUCCGGGUAACUCUUCCCCUAUUAUUCUGAAUGCAGCUGUUCACCACAACACCCCACUCUUUUCUUCCUCAUUGCAGUUGCUAUCUAGGACCUUUCUUCUGUUACCUUAAGGGAAGAAUUGAGGAAGCAGAAUUCUUAAGAAAGGGAAAAGAACAGGAGCUAGACUAGAUUUGGAGAAUUAAAAGUAUUUACCAAAGAUAAAGUGGAUCCUUCACAAUUAUAGCUAAUAACCAGUACUUUAUAUUUCUAGUAAAAUUCACAAUCCGGCCUGUCCUUUCUUCAGUUGGUCACAUGGCCAGGGAUAGUUCCUUGGCUGAUAAGGAAAGAACCUCUAAGAGGUCUAUCAAGUCCUACUUAAAAAAAAAAUCUGUUACUUAACUAAAAGAUGUGCUACUGCAAAUAAUUGAAAUGGGAAAUUGUUUCCUUAUAUUAAAUUUAAUGUUUUUAAAAUGUACAAAUUGUUUCUUUAUUUUUUUAAUUUGCAAAGCAGAUCUUUUUUCUCCUAAUCACCUGAUCAUAAGCAUCUUAAGUUAUAGUAUUUGAGAAUAGUCUGAAAUAUGGGAUAAUAUAAAUUGCUACGUUUUGCUGUAAGAACGGAAAACAAUUACUUAUAAAGUUUGUAUAUUUGCUUCAUAACCAAAUCUCAGCCUGACUUGUAUUUGUCUUCCAUUUAUUAUUCUAAAAUUUCUCUAAGGUUUGAAAUUCUUCCUGAAUGAUUGUUAGUUUAUCUCCUUCCACAAUUUAGAAAUACUUGAACAGACCAAGUAAAAUUGCAUUUUAUCCUUCAUCCAAAGCUGUUUUUAAAGCUUUCAGUACUGACAUUUGUAAAUAGUGUAAAAUUCUAUUUCAAAUAACAUAUUUAACUUUGCUGCUUGCAUAAAUGUAAUGUGAGCAAUGACAGACCCAUUUCAGAUAUUUCAAAAGCUUCAUUAAUAUGUGUUUGAAAAGGUAGUCUGCAUAGAAGAAUGGUAUUGUUGCUUUCAAUUCAACGUCAUUCCUGAUUUCCAGGUAUUUGAAAGGUCUUUGGUACUGGCACUUUAUCAGCAUUGAGUGUACCAACUAUCAAAUACCAGCAGGUUAUUUCAGGUACUUCUGUCCAUUUAGUUAGAACCUUUGGUUUACAGCAUUUACUGGAUGACAUAGCAAUGGUGAAACUAGAAAAUGUCAUUACCUUUUAUGUUUGAAUGUACACUCACUCCAUAUGCAGGCAGGAUUUCUGAUUGCUAAUUUAUAAUGCACAUUUGAAACUUUGGAUUUUACUUCUAGGGGUGCCUAUUUUUAUAAGUGUUUUGAUUAUGGAGUUUUCAUGUUUUCAUGGCAACUUUUGUAACAUGUUUAACAAAUCUUGUAAUGAACAAAAUGUUUUAAACUAUCUUUAGAAUGCUAUAUUUUCCUGGGAAAUCAUUUUCUUCUAGUUCAGAAUUGUUAAAAGGUAAACAACUUUUAAAUUAGAAUUGUGGACUUGUGUUCUUAAUAUGUAUGAAUUUUGCUUUUAAAAAAAAAA